AUGAUAUUUUACAUUUAUGGUUUAAUUGUUCUCAUUAUAGCCAUUUUCGCCAAAUCCAUUCUCUAUUUCUUGUGCAUACGGGCUAAGGAAUCACCUUCAUGUCAAGCCUAUGCAUUCGAUCACCGAAAUGAUAUCCUGAGUAAUACCUUCCUUGUAUUUUCUCUCUUCAUUUCACAAUGGGUGUGGUGGUUUGACCCAUUUGGUGCCACCAUUCUCUCCAUUUAUAUUAUUUAUGGAUGGAUUGGAGAAUCUUUGGAACAUGUGACCAAGCUAGUGGGAUUAACUGCCGAGUCAGAAUUUAUUAAGAAAAUUACGUUCAUUGCUGUCAAUCACAGUGAGAAGAUUAUGAAGGUGGAAACUGUGACAGCUUGGUACAGCGGUAUGAAUAUUAUUGCUGAAGUCCAUGUUGUGCUACCACCUGACAUGUCGCUACGCGAAGCACAUAACAUUGGCGAGGAUUUACAAUUGAAAAUCGAGUCAGUUCCUGAAGUUGAGAGAUGCUUUGUGCAUUUGGACUUUAACGACACACACAAAAUUAACAAAUAA